GUCAGGACCGGACACUGUGGAUCGCCGGCCGACACAGACGUGGCGGGGCCCGGGGUGGCCAUGAAGUUUCGGGGCAAGAUCGUAGACGGGGCCUGUCUGAACCACUUCACACGAGUCAGUAACAUGAUAGCAAAACUUGCCAAAACCUGCACCCUCCGCAUCAGCCCUGACAAGCUGAACUUCAUCCUUUCAGACAAGCUGACCAGUGGAGGGGUGAGCAUGUGGUGUGAGCUGGAACAGGAGAAUUUCUUCAGUGAAUUUCAAAUGGAGGGUGUCUCCGCAGAAAACAAUGAGAUUUAUUUAGAGCUAACAUCAGAAAACUUAUCUCGAGCCUUGAAAACUGCCCAGAAUGCCAGAGCCUUGAAAAUCAAGCUGACGAAUAAACACUUCCCCUGUCUGACAGUGUCUGUAGAGCUGUUAUCUGUGUCUAGCAGUAGCCGCAUUGUGACACAUGACAUCCCCAUAAAAGUUAUUCCUAGAAAAUUGUGGAAGGACUUACAAGAACCUGUGGUCCCACACCCUGAUGUUAGUAUUUAUUUGCCAGUCUUGAAGACUAUGAAGAGUGUUGUGGAAAAAAUGAAAAACAUCAGCAAUCACCUUGUUAUUGAAGCAAACCUAAAUGGAGAAUUGAACUUGAAAAUAGAAACUGAAUUAGUGUGUAUUACAACUCAUUUUAAAGAUCUUGGAAAUCCUCCAUUAGCCUCUGAAAAUGCCUCACAAGACAGAAACCCAGAACAAAUGGCUGAAGUACAUUUAGAUAUUAAGAAGCUCCUACAAUUUCUUGUUGGACAGCAAGUAAACCCAACGAAGGCUUUAUGCAAUAUUGUGAGGAACAAGAUGGUGCAUUUUGACCUGCUUCAUGAAGACGUCUCCCUUCAGUAUUUCAUCCCAGCACUGUCCUAGCACCCCCUUGCCAGACGGGCGCACAGAGACUGUCCAGAUGGGGAGAGACCAUGGGUCAUAUGUUCUGCGUCAUUUGUCUGUGUCCUCCUAGUGCCACAAAUCCUCACACUGUGCUUAUUUCUUUCUCUGUAAUAUUUUAUGUAAAAAUUGAAUUAAUGAAGACCUAUUGGAUAGACAUAAUAUUUCAU